AUGGACUGCAAAACAUACCAGCAAACAUCCGUAUAUAUCAACCUAAGCAGCCGACAAGAACUCUCUGCACUCUGCCGAACCUGCAAUGGCGAUUGGGUCCGCUCAACAAUAGAUCUCAACGGCGUCCUCGGAAAUUCAGACGGCACCUUCGACUGGACCUCGAUGAAUUUUGGCGCCAGCGCCAAAAACGUCGAAUUACAGGAUGGAAAGGUCCUCAGCGCGAACCUGCAGCGCAAAGAUGGCACAUGGACAGAUAAGCCCGUAUGCGUGAACCUGACCGAGCAUAUUCAAAACCACGACGGCACUCUUUGCCGCGGAGAGAGGGAGGAGAGUGAAUCUACCAUCUCGCCGGACGUGCGCGAGAAAUUGCAGGCUGUAGCUGGACUGAUUACAAGCCAACAGUCGGCGAUGGACAAUGCGGCAUUUGAGCUGGAUUAUUUGGUUACAUCGAACCAGCGCUUAGUUCUGCAGGAACUUGAGGUGGCAUUCUUGAGGCUGGGGAAGUUGGCGGGUUGUAUCAGGGGCGAGUUUGAUGAGGAGGUAAAAGAUGGCGGUGUGCCGAAAUCAAAUCCCGACGCGGUAUUGAGGCCAAUGAUUAGGUCGUUUGAGAAUGUGGCGACAAGGACGGAGAAGGCGCUAGGAUUGGUUGAGAAGAUUUAUCAGCUUGCGAAUCAACACCAGAUGUCGGGUCUGCCAUCACUACAGAGAGAUGUCAGCUCAUUGAGGGCAGAAAUCACUACUGAGGUUGAUGGCGUGCAGACAACGCUUUCGGAACUUCAGGAAAAGAUUAAGGAGUCUGCUGCCGCAGUAGAGACGAGCCAGGCUCUCCUCAAUGAAGCGCAGGCCACCAAAGAGAAGGCGAAGAGCAUGGAGACCUUGAUCAAACUCUCAGGCUGGGUCCUUCUCCCAAUCGGCAUUGGAAUGAACAUCGCCAAAGUCGACGGCCCUUUCUGGGAUGCCGUCAAAGGCAACGAGGCCAAAAUUAAAGAGCUGGAAGAGGAUGCCGUAAAGCAACAAACCGAGCUCACCUCCCUCACCCAGAAAGAAGCCGACUACCACGCAACCCUGCAUGCGCACGACCAUCUCGCCACACAACUCGACACCCUCACCGUCAAUAUUGUCGCCAUUAGUUCGCGUGCCGAGAGCGUACGAGAGACUAUUGCCGCUACCAAACGGCUCAUGGACGCGCUGACCGAGAUGGCUAGGGAUCUGGAGGACAAGGGCGCAAUGACGGACUACCAGGUAUCGAAGAAGGAGUAUGCCGCGCAUAUUGUGUGCUUACUCGAUAUGGCAUUGCCAUAUUUCUCGGCGGUGGGAGAAGUGGAAAAGAUUUUGGUGGAGCUGGAAGAAGGCGAUGAUGAGAAGGGAAGUGUCAAGGAGGAUUUGAAGAACGAGGUGGCGGUGGUGAGGGGGAAGUUGGAGUUGGUGAGAUUGUGUGUCUAG